CACAUGAGUAUUUAGUGUUGUUUUGGCUUCAAGAAAAGUUUAUACAAUACUUACUACUACUAAACCAAGCUAGCUUUGCAAAUAACUGAGAAUAGUUAAGAAUAUAUAAACAGAAGUGAUAUGGUCCCGUCAACUUCAACAACCGUCAAGUUCCUAUGUAGCUACGGCGGUAGAAUCACCCCACGUUAUCCCGACGGCAAACUCCGUUACCACGGCGGCGAUACACGUGUCCUCUCCGUCACUCGCUCCGUAUCCUUCACUGAGCUUGCGAGUAAGAUCAGCGCGGUCUGUGGUAUGACUGUGAGUACUCUCCGGUGUCAGUUACCAACUGAUGAUCUCGACGCGCUUGUAACCGUAACAUCCGACGAGGAUCUAAACAAUCUCAUGGAGGAAUACGAUCUUGCUUCAAUGACGCCGAUUAAGAUCCGUGUCUUCCUUUCUCCGCUAAGAUCAACAACGACGAAGAAAAACUCGUCUCCUACGUCUUCAAACGCGUCUACGUAUUCGUCAAAAUCGUCAAAAUCAUCACGCUCUCGUUCUCCUACGUCGUCGUCGCCAACUUAUAAGGAAACGUGUCCGAGUUGUGUAGAGAGAACUAUGCGUAACAAUGGAUGUUACGUUCGUAGGAGUCCAAGCCAUAACCAAUUCUACCUUAUCAACAAUUGAUAUAAUCUCACUGUAUGGGCAAAAUAUACAAGUCGCGAAUUCUCUAAUGGUGAGGAUCAGUUUCGUAUCAGCCAAAAGAUAUGUUAUAAUAAUAUGUGGCUCUCUGUAACAUUUUUUAUUUAUUAUGGAUCCAAUUAUUAUAAACCACGUGUAAAGUGAAUGAUGAUAUUUUUUCUUCCUUUUCGCGCUGUAUCUUUUUUUUUCAGAUAUUUUCUUGUUAUAAACCGAAUUUUAUUCA